ACGUAACGGUGACGCAGGAAGUGGUACUACGCGACGGAAAGUCCUGGGACUAGCCGGUUAGCAUGCUAACUUCAGUAGAAGAAAGGAAGUGAUAGAAGUAGAAGACAAGAAUCAACAUUACUGCUGCUUUAUACCACUGGAGACAGCUUUUGGUCUCCCUGGUUGAAUUAACACACUGCAAAAAUGCUGAAUUCUGGCAAAGAUAAUUAUCUGCCCACAAUAUCUUCAGCUGAGCUUCAGUGAGGCUGGAGGCAAACAGGCCAGUGAUGUUCUUCUUUUCAUCGGCAAGGAUGAUGCACUGAGGCCACUGUGGAGACCCAGCCUUGUUGUUAACGGUCAUGCCGAUCAUUCUCACCCUCACCUCCUGCUGCGUCCGUGAGUGCACCUGUAAAUGACCACCUGGAGGCACCAAUAAGGUGCUGGGAGCUGCAGGGAGGAGUACAGAGGGAAUCCUCUUAACCAGGUAAUCUCUGCAACCAUCUGCUGUUACAGUCAUCCACCACAUUCAGCCUCCACCAAUAUGCCAUUUCCCAGCUAGUUUCUGUCAACCAGCCCAAUGUGUCGGUAAGAGGGAUCCUCUGAGAGAGAAAAUCACUGCGUAGUCUGGCAGCACAAGGUAAAAGUGUGACAUAUCCCUCUGCUUCUUUCCUCCAGGCCAUGCUGCUGUCUCCUCAGGCAGAGAGGAACUGGGAGGGUCUGUGCUCAAUGCUCGAAGAUGUGUUGGAGGACCAGUCCCACAGGCAGCUGUUCGCCUUGGAGCUGGGCUCGGGAACCGGGCAGCAUGUAAUACGCUUUGCCCAGAAGAUGCCCUUCGUCACCUGGCAGCCAUCAGACAUCAAAGAGGAGUCUCGGGACAGUAUCAAGGCAUACAUUGCUGCAACCCACGCAAAGACAGUACUGCAACCUGUCCACCUGGAUGCCAGCGAACCGUGGGAGAAAUGGGCCGGUCUCUCUCGCAGCUCCUGUGACAUUAUUAUUGCCAUUAACUUACUGCAAUAUAGCUCCUUCAAAACAGCACAGGGUGUUGUCAAUGGAGCAGGUCAGAUCCUCAAACAAAAUGGCCUUUUGAUAACAUAUGGGGUGUAUGCUAUUAAUGGCACCAUUACACCAAGUUGUAACGAAGACCUGGACGCAGAGCUUCGAAAGAUGAAUCCAGAGUGGGGUCUUCCAGAUAUUGAUGUACUGAGACAGCUGGCCUAUGGGAACGGGAUGCGUUUAGAGAGGAUGAUUGAGAUGGAAGACUACUACAAAUGCCUCAUCUUCAGAAAAUUUUAAAAAAGCCAAAUUGCACAAAGAAGAUUUUAAAACAUUCUUAUUUGUAUACUGUAAGCCAUCAUAUGUAAUACUGUAUUCACAUGGAUAAAGGUUGUGAUACAUACAUACACUGCAUGCCUUUCUUUUCAAAUUCUAUGGAAGAAUCUAGAAAAAGAAACAAGAUGAAGCUUGUGGACAGUAAGAACCAGAUAUUUAUUAAAUAUAAUUUUAAAAUUACUUUAAAGUCAGACAGAUCAGUAUGAUGGAAUAAAGAAGGUCACAGAUGGCAACUUAAGGGUUACAGAAAUCACUGAUUGGGUGUGUGAUACAUACAUGCGGCACAUCAUGUUCACCCUGCAAGCAUAUCCACAUUUCUGGAGAGCCAAGUACACUUGAGAAAAGAUUGCCCACCUGUACUUACUACGCAGACAUCCUCAUCUAUGACAGUUACAACCAAAUGCACCCAGCCUGGGGCAUCCAAUGUUUCUUUAUGUUCUUUAUGAUACUUAAUGUUCAGUAACACAAGUUACUUUAAUAAAGAGAGAUGCAGGAGUUGCUGGACUGCU